AUGGACGGUCCACCUUCGCUCGAGAGCCACAAGUCAUUCGAAAAGCCUCCGAAGAUUGUAAAGGUCAUCACCUACGCGGCAUCGGAACACAUCACUUUGUUAGAAUCACUACCAUCGAACCGCAUAUCGAAGGGGCCGAUCUUUGCUCAGGAUAGCGCUGCGGAACUUUUAGUUCAAAUGGUGGAAAACGGUCCUCGAGAAUUUAAUUUCGAUCGAAAUCAGCUUAUAGAAAUCCUUAAUUUGGGUGCCCAAAUCUUUAUAAAUGAAGGUUCACUAAUUGAGGUUAGCGAAUCUGGUUACGAUUAUUCUCGUGCAGUGCCUGUACCGUGCAUCAUUUACGGUGAUACCCAUGGACAGUACUCGGACUUGUUGCGUUGGUUCAAUCUGAAUGGCUGGCCAAACACGACCCGUAGUGUAUUUCUCGGAGAUUUCGUAGACAGAGGUUCGCAUGGAGUUGAGUUGUUCACUUUACUUACAUGUCUGAAGAUAUGCUUCCCGAAAAAUUUAUUUAUUACUCGUGGAAAUCAUGAAGAAGAGAAUUUGAAUCAAUUGUAUUCGUUUGUCUCUGAGGUUCAUUUCAAGUUUGAUGCUAGUAAACACGCCGGAAAAACGGAAUCAAUGUAUGAACACUUCAAGAGGGUAUUUGUGAAUUUGCCACUGGCUUGCCUGAUUGGUGGAGAUAUUCUCGGAAUGCACGGAGGAAUUAGUCCGCAACUGAGGACGUUACAGGAUAUACGAGAUAUCCGUCGUCCCAUCGAGGAGUUUAUGAAAGGGACUUUAGCGUGUGAUCUUGUCUGGUCUGAUCCGGAUACUGAUAAUAAAGUGGUCGACUUCGAACCGAAUUUUGAAAGGGAGUCAACUGUAGGGAUUGGCCAACUGUUUUCGCAAUCCGCUGUGAAAGAUGCAUGUGCCCGACUAGGAGUGAAGAUGAUCGUGCGUGGUCAUCAGGCGCCACUGCAUGGCUAUGCUCGCUGGGCCAAUGGCCUUCUUAUAACACUGUUCUCUGCGCCGGCCUACAAAGGCACCACAGAAGAGACCGUCAACAUGGGUGCUUGCAUUGAAGCCUGUGUCAGCGGAGAGCUGAUUGUCAAGCAGGUUAGUAUGCACUUAAAAGCUAAGGAAUCGAUUCGUAGGAAACGUGAGGAUGAUGUUUACAAUCGACAAAUGGCCCACGCAAAGCUGAUGGAAGUCACACGAGGCAACGAUGUUGAAAAUCCGGAGCGAACGUGA